AUGCCGAUCUCCUCCUCCCCCUUCCUCCGCCUCGCCGCCACCGCCUUCGGCCUCAUCCCCAUCAUCUUCGGCAUCAACGCCAUGCUGCGGCCCUCGCACGGCCUCUCCUUCUUCGAGCCGUUCACGUACCCGGCGUACGACCCGCCGGCGCGUGAGCUGGUCGACGCGCUGAUGGUCGUGUACGGGGCGCGCGACAUAUUCUGGGGGUUGGCGACGCUGGUCCCGCUGUACUACGGCAGCAGGAAGAUUACGGGGGCGAUGCUGAUCGCGGGGUCGGCGGUCGCGGGCGUGGAUGGGGCGGUGUGUAAAGCGGCGGGGGGAGGGGAGUGGGCGCAUUGGGGGUAUGCGCCGGUGUUGGCGGUUGUGGGGGGGUUGUUGAUGACGUAG